AUGAAUAACGUCUAUUCUGCCCUUUCUUUGGCGUUAAUCGGUGAGAAACGAUUUGUGCUAACAACCAAUGAUUAUGAGAAUACGGUUUUUUUGUUUCGAACAUUACUACAGGAAUCAUGCCAGUUUAAUUCAGAUGACAUCUGUGAGGUCGAUGUAAAGCAUGAGCUAGAUAAUAACUCGGUUGAUCUGUUAAUACGGCAGAUGAUAUAUUGGGAGGAAAAUACGAGUGAAUAUGGAUUUAAAAAUGUGAUUAUUUGGAGGAAUAUGGAGAAGUUGUCGCACGAGCAGCAAAAAGUAGGGCUAUUUCCAUUGUUGAACCAAAUCGACGAAUACGACACUACGGUUGCACGGAGCAAUCCGCAGAGUCGGGUUCAAGUUGGUAGCUUUGUAAUACGGAAGCCCAAGAUGUUUAUAAUUGUUCCUUUGAUUGAAUCGGAGCACGCACAUCCCCAAGUGUACCAGUAUGUGAAGGAGAAGUUCUGGUUUGCGCAGAACUUUCAUUACAAAGACGCCAGUGACGAGAAGGAGGAAAUAGACUAUUGCGACGAUUAUUCAGGGCUUAUUCUCGAGAUCAGAAACGUCACCAGGCCCCAGGUAUAUGCAUCCCCCGAAAUUCAACGAUAUAUCUAUUCGUUAGUGGUGCACGCGAGAAACCACAGACUAUGCUCGCUUGCUCCCAUACAAUCGAGAUUGUCCACCCGAACUAUAGACGCAAUGCAACAGCUUUCCGAAUGCAUGGUUGCCUGGAAGAAGCAUGGUUCCGACCGACUCUUCGUGACUCCAGAUUACUGCAAAAUUGCCAUGCGCAAAAUCGGCUACUGGCUCAUCGACUGGGAGCACGACAGCAUUUUCAACACCUCGUCUGAUUGCGACGUAGAUGCUGAUUUGGAUUACAGAAGACAGUUGGAAAUAAGCAUGCUCACAGGAGACUGGUAUGGAAGUGAUUGGAAGUAUGUCAAAAAGUAUCUCGAAACCUACAAAACCGAUACCAACGCUGCAAAUUACAUAAAUAAAAUCGUCGAAGACGUACUACAAUCGGUGCGUCCUCCAAUAUAG